AUGGCCACAGCUGAGGCAGGAGGCAAUGUGCUGCUGUUUACCAUGUGCUGCCCCCGGGACCAUCGUUCGCUUCGGUCCCUGCCACCAAUUCGCAAUAGCCUGGACUUAUGGAGGCUGCUCUACUCCCUUCUGAAACAAAUCCACAGAGGCAAGUGGACCGAGUCUGAUGCCAUAGAUAACCAAAUUAGGUUUGUAAAAUCAGCGUUGUGGUACCAUGGCUAUGGCAGGCUAGAACUCUAUCGGCUCCCCUCUGACGGCUCAGCGGGUAGUCGGGAGCUGCUGCUGGCAUUUUCCUGGCUGCUGCACAGAAUCAGCCUCUUGGAGCAGCUUUUGGCUCGGAACAGAGUAAAGACUGGGGAUGAAACCUCUGUGUGCACGUGUGAAGAUGAUCUGCCUACCAGCCAGAAAAGCACAACUGAAGUAGCACCUGAAGAUGGGCUAGAAGACAGAGUAGAUGUUCGAUACCUUCAGUGGUUAAAUGGGAGGCUGAGGUUCCAGUGGCGGAGUUUGCACGCUCAGCACCAAGAGCAAUGCAAACUUUUGCACAAGAUCCACUUAUUCACUAGUGGCUCUCAUAUGGACCAGAUCCUUGGACAUUUUUCUGUCACGGAAACAGAUCUCAUUAGACAACCAGAGGACUACAAGCAGCUUGUACAGCUUCUGGAGUCUGAAACCAUGCAACUAGAAGCCUUUCUGGAGUGGAAGCAACUGGAACCAGUUUAUUGGCAGUGGAUGGAAACUGUGUUAGACAAUAUGGCUGAAGAGGGAAAUAUGUGCAAGUCCCAGGACACUCAUGCAGAGAAAAGCGGGCCACCAACGGUGACCUCGUGUUGCCCCUGGGCUGACAGUCUGACUGGGCAAAUAGACAGAUUAUCCAGAGAUGUAAUGACUCUUCGUGACCAACUGCAUAAGCUUGUAACACACCGAAGGGCUGCGUGGUGUGAGAAGGUGAAAACAAGAGAGGAGGAACUACAGAAGGAGGGGUUCUCUGCCACUGCUCGGAAGAUACAGGAAAGCGUUGAACUAAAACUGCUCGAUCUUACGUGCCUUUGUGCUCCAAACAAAAAGAAAAUACAUGGUUCGUGCAGACUGGUGUUCAGAAACAAACAUCUUGCCAGCAAAAUGGGCUUCGAUAGGUCUGUAUCCAAGGAGCCUGUUUCAGCUGUCAGUGCUACAGAGGUGAUCAGAGAACUGCAGAUGAGAGAGGCCAGCCUGGCGAGAGAGCUGAAGCAGCUGCAGGAAGAGUGCAGGCAGAGGCUGGAUGAAAUUGCAGAAAGGUUGGAUGGAGUGAUUUGUAUCUCCCCUUGA